AUGAGCCUCUCAUCAAACGCCGGCAUUCCCCUGCUUCCAUCAUCACCGCCUUCAUCUGCCGACAUCCCAAUCGACCCCCAGCUUCUUCACACUGACUUCUUUCUUGCUCAGAAACCCGAUGGCAGCCUGGUUACGGAGGAGGUGUACAAAGCCCAUCUCUUCACCAUCAGAAAGAGAGAGCCCUUGCGGUUCACAACACGAGCCAACCUUGAGUUCCUGUGGAACGCUCUCAUCCGCCAUUGGUAUCCUAUUCAGAAAACUGUCAAUCCCUCGCCGCCGAAUAAGAACGUCCUUUCCAUUGUCAUACCACCACGGCCUCUCGAAGCCACUCAGUCUUUGAGUCCAUCAAGUAGCCAAACUCAGCAAGAAACCCCCGAAGCUGACUUUGACGUUGACGACGAAGCAUUAGCGAAGGAGUACGAUGUAGAGGGAGUGGCUGAAGCUGUGUUCGGGGCCCUCGGCACUGGUGGCCUCGAAGAUGAGGAUGAAGAUGAAGAGUUGGAGGACGUGGAGGAUUUCAAUGAUGACGAUGAAUGUGUGCAUGUCAGCUGCUCAAAGAACGGAAGCCAACCAAAGGAAGGGAGGGAGAAAGACCCAGAAAUCUAUUGUGAAGUCAUGGAAUGCUAUGGAUUGGAAUCCGUUGAUGGCUCGAUGCAUACAAGGAUGGCAAACAACAUUCCAAUCUCUACCUUUGUUCUUCUCGUUUAUCGUCAUGAGGGGCUCGAAACUGGUGGAGCUCCAGUCGCACAUGCAUACCUUACGGGAGUUUCAAAGCGAUUCAAAUUCCAAUUGGUCGCUCUGGCAUUGUCCCUUCCGAACACCUUUCAUCUCUUGGGUCUUAUUACCUUCUUCCUCCACGGCAUCUUCUUGAUCAAUGGCGCCCUUCCUUCCAAUUUGUCAAUAGGCUGCCUUGCAGUCGUUGUCGUCUUGGUCGUCGCUUUCCAGUGCGCCACUUCCCAAAAUACGCUUUCGUAUGAUUUCUGCUCCCACUGUGUAGCGUGA